GUGGUGGUGGAGGGGGGGUGUCUACUGGUAAAGAUAAACAGCCGAGGAACCUCUGAGCCAGAGAAACAUGGCGGCUCCGGCCCUGGUCGCUGCUGUCGCUCCGUCACGCUGACCAACACCUCACCGACAGACGCAUCCCGCACAGCACGCACCCUUGGUUUCUCAACUCUCAGACAGGACUGAGUGAUGUCACAAGCUAACACAUUGAUAUUUACCCAGGAGGCUUUGCAUAUGAGGUGCUGAUAUUUGCUGAAGAUGAGUAGUGGGGGGGCGGACACCCCAGAGCCCCUCAGAGGGGGAGAGUCUCAGAAGAGGAAGGACUGUCAUUCAGACCUCCUGGGGCCCAGCCCCAAGAGGAGCACUGAGAGGAGGAACCGGGAGCAGGAGAACAAGUACAUCGAGGAGCUGGCAGAACUGAUCUUCGCCAACAUCAAUGAUAUGGACGACCUCAAUGUUAAGCCGGACAAAUGUGCCAUCCUCAAAGAAACAGUGAAGCAGAUCAGACAGAUCAAGGAGCAGGAAAAAGCUCCAGUGGCUGAUGCUGAAGAGGUGCAGAAGGCUGAUGUCUCCUCCACAGGACAGGGGGUCAUUGAUAAAGAUGCUCUUGGGCCCAUGAUGCUGGAGGCCCUGGACGGCUUCUUCUUUGUGGUCAACAUGGAGGGCAACAUAGUUUUUGUCUCGGAGAACGUCAGCCAGUAUUUGCGCUACCAGCAGGAGGAGCUGAUGAACACCAGCGUCUACAGUGUGUUGCAUGUUGGAGAUCAUGCUGAGUUCGUCAAGAACCUUUUGCCCAAGAGCCUGGUCAAUCAUCAGAGCAGUGAUUCAUCCAACAGGAACAGCAACACAUUUAACUGCCGUAUGUUGGUCAACCCUCACACUGAUGGUGAAGGCUGGUCAGCAUCCGACCAGCAGGAUGUGCCACAGCAGAAGUAUGAGACCAUGCAAUGUUUUGCUGUCUCUGAACCCAAGUCUAUCAAAGAGGAAGGGGAAGAUUUCCAGUCUUGUCUCAUCUGUGUGGCAAGAAGAGUCCCUGUCAAAGAAAGACCUGUGAUGCCAACGUAUGAGAGCUUCACCACGCGACAGGACCUUCAAGGUAAGAUUACAUCAUUGGACACCAGUCUACUGCGGGCGUCCAUGAAGCCGGGCUGGGAGGACCUGGUUCGGCGUUGCAUUCAGAGGUUCCACCUGCAGAAUGAUGGAGAGAUGUCCUUCGCCAAAAAACACAUGCAAGACGUGUUGAGGAAUGGCCAUGCACUCAGCCCUAUGUAUCGAUUUUCCCUGGCAGACGGCACCAUUGUCUCAGCUCACACCAAGAGCAAAAUGGUCCGAUUUCCAGCUAUCAAUGAACCACAGCUCUACAUGUCCAUGCACAUCCUGCAAAGGGAGAACAUGUGUGGCAUGACUGCAGACGUACCUGGUGGCCAAGGCAUGGCCAAACCAAUGACCCCGACCAGUGUGAGUGGUCCCACCCCUUCCACUGAUGCCAGUGUCACCAGCAACACCCCUCACUUCACACCGGCUGACUGCACCCCUGGCCGUGGUUUUGGGACAUCUCGGGCACCCACGCCUCAGGGGAACAACAAUGCAUUGAAGCUAGGCAGCCCUUCAGCACAGGGAAGCCCCAGUGUCACCUCAGGGGCCCAGGGUGCCAUGUUGUCUCCUCGUCAUCGCCAGAGCCCCAGCAUGGCAGCUAGCAGCGGCAGCUGUAGUAGCCCUCACCUCCCCCAACAUCCCCCUGGUCCUUUCUCUCCUGCAGCAGGGCUUCACUCACCAGCGUCUGUGUGCAGCAGCACAGGAAACAACCAAGGGUUCAACUCCCACAGUGCACUGCAGGCCAUGAGCCAGGGCCAUCGGGCUUCCCAGGGGCUCAGUGAGGGGCAACAACCUGAGUCACCUGACAGAAAGCCAGCUGGUCUUCAGAGCCCUCUUCACAGCAGCAGCACUGGCAGCCAGCUAGCCAAGAACAAUCCCAGCUUAGAGGCUGACAUAUUUGGAACUUUUGGGGCACAAGCCUUGUUGUCAACUCAGAGCCAGGAGGGUGAGCAGGGGGAGGGGAAAGAUGGUGAUCCUGACAGCUUCGGAGGUAAUGGAAGUUUCAGCGAGCUUGGCGAUGCCCCAAACCGCCUUCUUAACACCAAAGGGCACACUAAGCUGCUACAGCUCCUCACCACCAAGUUAGAACCCUCGGAUCCCUGCUCACCACAAGGGUCCCUGGGGGAUGGCCAGAACUGUAAGGACCAGCUGAGCGGGAUUGGAGGUCUGAGUAGGGCUGGGCAUAAUAACCACUCCACUUCAUUAAAGGAGAAACACAAAAUUCUCCACAGGCUGCUGCAGAACAGCACCUCACCUGUGGAGUUGGCCAAGCUAACUGCUGAGGCUACCGGAAAAGACUCCACUGGGAAUGUGUCAGCCACUGGGGACAACGUGGCCACCCUGGGGGAACUCUGCACAAAACAGGAGCCGGGGAGCCCCAAAAAGAAAGACAAUGCAUUGCUACGCUAUCUGUUGGACAGGGAUGAUAACAGCAUCCUGGAUAAAGCCAUCAAGAUGGAACCUGGUGAUGCACCAAAGCUGUCCAACAUUAAGACAGAGAAACAGGAAGUGGGUUUCAACGUGACAGAGCAGACCAGUGAGCUAGAGGACCUGCUGGAAGAUCUGCAGAGUGGCAGCAAGCAGCACCUAUUUGGGAGCCAGACGUCAGUCAGAGGACCCUGCUCUUCUUUGUCCUCUUCUUCCUCUGGGCCGCCUGCUUUGCCUGUGGACAAACAGACCAUCGUCAGCGAUAUUUUGCAUAUGACUGAGAGCAGCGGCGGCAGCAACCCACCUAACCAGCACAGAGCCUUCCCUCCACUUGGAUUUAAUGGUGCCAGGCUGGGCCAGCCGGGUCGAGGUGCUCCUCCAGUCAGGACCAUGUCUCUGGACAGUACUAUGGUCCCUAACCCAAACGCUACCAGGCCUUUCCCUCCUCAACACAGGAACAACAGCCCCUACUCCUUACUACAGCAGCAAGGCAUGAUGGGAACGCACGCGGGCAUGGCCAACCAAGCCGCAAUGGUCAAUCCAGGUAUGCUGACUAAUGGGCCAAUGCGGGGAUCCAUGCAGCAGGGCUGGGGUCCCCAAGGGCCCAUAGGGGCCACUGUAGGGCCGAUGAUGGGUCAGGGGGUCGGACCUGGCCGCAUGGUCCCCAGUGCUGCACUGCCCACAAGAGGCCCUCCUGGAUCUAGAGCUAUGGUCAACAUGCAGAUGAUGGGCAAUGAGAUGGAAAUGGCUAAUCCCAGCUACUCUCAGCAACAAGUUCCGCCCAAUCAGACUGCACCAUGGCCAGACCGAAUGAUGAUGGAGCACUAUACAAACCAAAGCAGGCCACCGUACAGUAUCCCCCAGGAGGACGGUAUGGGAUCAGGACCACCUCCGGAUGGCGGGUUCCACAGCCCACCCUUGAGUGGCCACAUGGGGCCACAAAGGAUGGCCCCUGCUGGUUAUCCCCCAGUGCUCCGGAUGCCCGGGAGCACAGGGCUCAGACCGACUGGGAUGAGGCCAGGGGCACCAACUCCAAUAGUGCCCCCUCAGCCCAACAACCUGAGACUCCAGCUGCAGCACAGACUUCAGGCACAGCUGAACCGUCAGCCAGUGGUGAACCAGAUGAGUGGAAUGUCCAAUAUGAAUCUACCUCUAAGAUCUAAUGUACCAAACCAGGCCCAGAUGCUGCCCCAGCGUCAGCGCGAGUACCUCAGCAACCAUCUACGCCAACGCCAACAGCAGCACCAACAACAGCACCAACAACACAUGCACCAGCAGCGUGCCAUGAUGAUGCGGACUCAGGGCAUCAACAUGCCACCUAACAUGCCCAGUGGGGGCGCCGCUCCUACGCCAAUGCCCAUGGGUGGCACCAAUCCACGUCUCCCGCAGGGCAACCCGCAGCAGUUUCCCUAUUCAGCGUCCAGCUACGGUACCGGUCUGCCCUCCCCUCCUCUACCUCCUCAUCCCGGCUCCUCCAGCCCCUUCUCCUCCUCCCCUCUCUCCCCCAGCCAUCAUCUGGCUAGCCAGGGCAUGAUGGGAAAUGUAAGCGGGCAGUACAGCAGGGUAAUGAGUCCACCAUCACAGCACAGUGCCUUCCAGUUUGGCAGUUCAGGUAUGAGCCAGCAGCAGCAGCAGCAGCACCAAGAUCCAGUGUCAAGCUUUUCAUGUGGGGCUCCCGCCCCACAGAGCCCCCUGUUGUCCCCCAGGAUGGGACAGGGUCAGAGCUCAAUGCUGCAGCAGAGUCAAGGCCAACCACAAACUCAACCACAGGGUCUGAACCAGGGAGCACCUCCUGGCUACCAGCCCAGUACCGACCUCAACGGAUGGUCCCAACCUACCAACAUCUCCACCAGCAACAGCAUGUACCCCCACCAGUCCCAGCCCCAGUACUCCACACAGCCCAACACAGGAAUGUACAGUGGCAGCAACAUGAGCCAGGUGGCAGGACAGAUGAGCUCCAUGGCCUCCAUGAAUACAGAGCAGGUGAGUGACAGCGGCCUGAUCCUGGAGCAGCUGGCAGGAAUUAACAUGCUGACACAAGAUGGUGAUGCCAGUUCUAAUUUUUGCUGACCCCCGCUGUGGUUGAGAUGAGGUAACAUAGUCACCCAUUCACAAACACAGACACCUACACAGCUCAGAACAUGGAGAAGCAUCGUGAUGGAAACGCUGCUCCCUCUAUCACACUGGCCAACUCGGAGGCACCAGUCAGAGAGAGGGCAACCAAACCUUCUGGACUGCAUUCACUUCAGUGUGGCAGACUUCACACUAACUUAACAUUUUAUCCAAAAAACAGAAUUCAGUGGGGGCUGUCAUCUGAACCAUACUGUCAGCAAACACACAAUAAGAGGUUACAAGAAUCUCCCAGAAACAGUGCGUCACUCCCAGCUGAUUUGGGGCUCUGUGAGACGUCUUGUAUUCUAACUUUUUACUGUAACAGAUGACGUCAUCUUUAGUACAGUACAUGUUAUAUUUAUUUGUAUAGCGCAGUUUGUACAUUAUGACAUAAUUUGUUAUAAUAAACCAGGUUUUAAAGCCUGACUUUCCCCUUUUAAUAUAUACACUUAUUAUAUUCAAAUUUGCCAAAUUAAUUUAUAAUCAGGGAAAUACAAGUGGUUCCAGCAAGAUUAAAGAGACUAAUCAUGCGACAUUAGUAUAAGCACUGUACCAUCAGCAAAUGAGGAAAAUUCUCAUCCUUUAGCAGCCUUACCUCUGCAUGUUUAACAGAGAGCUGCUGGGCUGGAGUUGGACUGACCAGAAUAGCAACAGUUUUACUUUGGACUUAAAAACACACACACACAACCUUAUCUUUAUUAAUUGUUGUUUUUUUUUUCAUUUAUGCCAUCUCAGCUGU